AUGAGCGGGAGAGGGAAGCCAAGAAGACCAAAAGCGGCCCGCGCAAAGAGUCCAAAAGGGGCCCGCGCAAAGAGUCCAGAAGGGGCCCGCGCAAAGAGUCCAAAAGGGGCCCGCGCAAAGAGUCCAAAAGGGGCCCGCGCAAAGAGUUCAGAAGGGGCCCGCGCAAAGAGUCCAGAAGGGGCCCGCGCAAAGAGUCCAGAAGGGGCCCGCGCAAAGAGUCCAGAAGGGGCCCGCGCAAAGAGUCCAAAAGGGGCCCGCGCAAAGAGUCCAAAAGGGGCCCGCGCAAAGAGUCCAAAAGGGGCCCGCGCAAAGAGUCCAAAAGGGGCCCACACAAAGAGUCCAGAACCUCCAAAGGAACCAGUGAUGGACACUAAGGAAACGCAACAGAUCCCUGAGGAAAAGAAACACAAGAUAACCAAGGAGCAUAAGCAGCCUAAGUGCACCACUGAGGGAAAGCCAACUGUCCCACUGGACAAGUGCUUAAAAGGAAAGACCAGUUCAAGGAUGGUCAGAAACGGUUAUGUUGACUCAAAUCCGGAUAAGAUCCUGUUUACAACCCUUGAUCAAUUAAAGAUUAAGAUGACAGAGAAAUCGGAAUCAGCAAAAAUUGUUAAUGACUUGGUCAAGUGUAUAAUGGACUACAUGAAAAAGUGUACGGAAUGCUUCAAAGAUGUAAAUGAUAUGCGCACUGGAAGUUACUACGAGAAUCUAAAGGUGGGUAAUAAAUUCAAUCGUGCACCACCAAUGUGACCCAAUACGCUUUCAUGCCUUAUGGAUUUCUUCUUAUGUUUUGAUCAAUAUAGAUUUCUAAUCCCGACGAAUUUGAUGUGAUGUUGACUUUGCCGGUCCGGCGGGUGAAUAUUCGACCAUUUGGGGAUGAUGGCGCUUUUUAUAGCGUGGGAUUUAAACGGGGAAAACACUCGCUGGAUCGCUUUCUACAUGAGGACAACACGCUAUCUGCGAGUGGAAUGCUUAAAGACUUCAGAAACGAGGUUAUAAAGUGUUUGAAGGAACACAAAGGUGGGUACGACUGCAGCGCGCGCUUCCCAAAUGCAUAAACGACUGAUUGCUUUGUAGGUUGUAUAAGUAGAGAAAUUGUGUAUGUAUGGUAAAACAUUUCUUAAUUGCAUUUCACAUCUUUCAAUAGACAACUUCUGUCAAGACGUGUUGUUGGACAAGAAGCAGAAGGGUUGCCCGGCAGUGACCUUCCAGAUAAACCGGGAGGGAGCUGUCCCUAUCUCACUGGACAUUGUUCUGGGGCUAGAAGUCAGGUCGAGAUGGCCCACUUUCACACAGGAAGGCUUCAAAAUAGACAACUGGCUUGGGACCAAAGUGAAGAAAGAACAAAAGUUUAAGCCAUACUACCUCGUUCCGAAGUAUGAGGGAAAGGGCACGUUGGAACGGGAUGGGGUCUGCGCUAGAGGUAACUAUUAGGUCAACAAGAUUUACACAUUGCGCGUAAAACAUGCCCUCACUUUCAUUUGUUAAAAAACAUGCUAUCACUUUCAUUUGUGAUUUGUUCAUGAACGAGAGUUCGGUAGAAAGGGGAAGAUGCAUGUAUGGCCUUUUGCCAAGUAUCCUAACUGUUUUUUAUUGUCCUGUUAUGCACAGACUCAUGGCGCAUCUCAUUCUCGCAUGUGGAGAAGAAUAUCCUAACUAAUCAUGGCUCCCUGAAGACCUGCUGCGAGACCAGUGGGACUCGCUGCUGCAGGUAAGCCUACUGUAGAAUGUAUACUGUAGUCAUAAUGCCCUGCCAAAACCUUGACAAAUAUUGUCAGCUACAGUACAGGGAAUAAUUAACGAGAAAAGUGUACUUUCCAUGAAGUAGACCUUUAAAUUGUACAUUUCUUGAAUCAUUAUUAACCAAACCCAUUUACAUUGAUAAAUUGUGUAUGAUCAUGUGCGCCUGAGGCUUGCCCAUUUUCUUCCUUCAGGAAGGACUGUCUAAAGCUUCUGAAGCACCUAUUGGGCCUGCUGAAGGCAAAGAUCCCUAGUCUGUCCAAGUUCUGUUCCUACCACGCAAAGACCACCCUGCUGCACGCCUGCUGCUCCAGGACCAAGGACAGUUACUGGGAGGCGACCCGGCUGGGACCCUGCUUCCAGCAGCUGCUGGAGGACUUUGAGGGCCACCUGAAAGAAGGCAUGCUCCCCAACUUCUUCAUCCCCACACACAACCUGCUGGGCUCCGGCCACAACCGCAAGAGCUGUCAGCUCCUGGCCCGGCACAUUGAGGAGGAGCGCAACAAUGGUUUCCCCAUCUUCCACUAGUGAGUCGGGACUACCUCAAUCACGGCCCCCUUAGUGACUCAUCCAGAGCCCCAAUAGACAUAAGUGGAGUACAGCUGUGAUCCCAUAAUGUUGUCUAUUCUAAAAGCAAUGGCAUAGGCAGGAGGAAUUGAAGAGCAGAGGAGAUAGGGGUCAGAAGUUGAGAUUUAAUUCAGAUCUUACUUGAACAGUUUUGAGUCUUCUCAGAGAUGAUACAUUGAGUGAGCGCCAACUGCUCUUCUCCAACAAAUUAUAAAAGGUAAUUUA